AUGGUUGGCUUCGAGAAGGUAGCUAAUGGUACCAAAGGUUCCUUGCCAUCGGCUGAAAACACAAAUACUACCAAUCGCUCACCAGAUUCCAUCCUCAAUCUUGUACAGGGUGAUCCUACGGUGUUUGAGCCCUACUGGAGGAACCAAGGAGAUAAGUGUUCAUUGGUGAUCUCUGGCAGCGAUUUUAUGAGCUAUUAUAGCGAUUGCGAGAACAUAUGCUGGUUUCUGCAACCGCAACUGGCUGAUGCGAUCAGAAACAUUCAUCGUGAUGUAGGCAAUGCAGUAUUAGACGGUCGGCAUAUCGUGAUCGGGACUGGCUCAACACAGCUGUUUCAGGCUGCGGUCUACGCUCUCUCUUCUCCUGCUGGCCCGGAACCCAUCAGUGUGGUGUCCGCCGCUCCUUAUUACUCGCGAUACCCGGAGGAGAUUGAGUUCCUUAGCUCAGGGCUGUAUAAAUGGGGCGGUGAUGCAAACACAUUCGACAAGGAUGGACCUUACAUUGAGGUGGUCAAUUCACCAAACAAUCCUGACGGUACUAGUAGGGACGCCGUGGUGAACCGAGUCGAAGGAAGGCUUAUUCAUGACUGUGCUUACUAUUGGCCUCACUACACACCCAUUACUGGUGCUGCUGAUCAUAAUGUUAUGCUUUUUACAUUAUCCAAAUGCACUGGUCAUGCUGGUUCUCGCAUUGGCUGGGCGAUUGUAAAGGAUAUAGAAGUUGCGAAAAAAAUGAUUAAAUUCGUCGAGUUUAACUCUUUAGGUGUAUGUAAAGAAUCCCAGCUUCGAGCUGCAAAGAUUCUUGAAACAAUUAGCAAUGAGUACUCGAAUUUGGGGUGUACAAAAACAGAGAACUUCUUUGAGUAUGGCCAACGCCUCAUGGCUGAAAGAUGGAGAAAGCUGCGAGAAGUGAUUAAACGCAGUAAAGUUUUCAGCCUUCCUGAGUACCCAAAAGAGUGCUGCAAUUUCUCUGGAGAGUUCAUGGAAUCACAUCCUGCCUUUGCAUGGUUGCAGAGCAAAGGAAAUAUGGAUGCUGAGAAACUCUUAAGAAGUCAUAAGAUGAUGGGGAAAGGCGGUAAAUAUUUUGGAGUUGAUUCAAAGUACGCUAGGGUUAGCGUGGUGGGUCGGGAGGAGGAUUUUAACCUUUUGUUGGAAAGGCUAUCGGCUAUCAAAGGAGUAGAAACAGAAUAA